CGGCCCAAUUGACUCGUUCACCGGUUUUCCACACUCGGAGUAGUCGGAAGUACAGCAUUCACCUUCAGCUCGUCGCCGAGGUUGAGGGAGGAGGAAGAUGUUGUCAUUUGUCACGUUAGUUUCUUCUUGAUCUUGCCCGCUAUAUGUACCCAAUUGCCGCCAUUUUUCGCUCCCCCAGGCUCCCCGUCAGAAAGGUCCGUUCGCUCGUCUCCUACUCGACCGCCACUGCUGUCGCAUGGCCUCUGCUGUCACCAUGUCCACCAUUAUCUUCUGCAGUGAGAGCGAGCACGACCCAGUUGAUUCCUUCCGCUCACAGCUUCUCUGGGAUUGCAAGGUCUGUUCUUUCCAAGUACCCGCAUAUUUUGGAGGGAGGGAAAGCAAGGAUUUCUGCUGAUUCUUCCCUCCGGGACCUUCUCUUCGAGGUUCUUGAUGUGAUUCCCGACACUGGACGGCGCUUUCUUCGGGUUUCCGAGCUGAAACCUCAGGAUGUGCUCCAGAUUCUUCUGGGUUUUCAGGCUGAGUGUGAAAAGGAAAGGUUUCUAGCCACCAAAGUCGAGCCUUUGUGGAGAAUUUUCAACUGGGCAGUUGAGCAUGUUGAGGGCUUUGAGCACCUGCCUAGUACUUACAGAGUCAUGGCUCUGCUGCUCGCAAGAGCUGGGCUGCUUAGGGAAGCUGAAUCCUUGCUGAGAAAUGUGGAAAGUCGAGGACUCGUAUUGGAUAAUGCUGAAAUUCUCAGUAACUUAAUUGAGGAAUAUGCUGGUUUAGGGGAGUUAGAUAGGGCAAUUGCCGUUUAUGACCGUGUUCGUCGGCAAGGUUUGGUGCCAUUACCAUCCUGUUAUCAUGCUCUUAUUGAAAUUUUGGUUCGAAGGAGGAAAACUCAGUUGGCCUUUUCCAUUUGCUGGGAUAUGGUAGAAAGGUGUACUGACAAGCUGGCUGGUGAAGCUAAGAGGGACAUUGAUAAUGUGGUUAGAUUGCUCUGUGGAAGCAACAGAAUUCAGGAAGUGAGGAAUCUGGUCAAGAAGGUUACCUUCUCAGAUUUGGGAUGGCAGCCUUGCAGUUUCAUACUCAAUGAUAUCACUGCUAGGUAUUGUGAGAAGAAGGAUUUCGAGGAUCUGCUGAGUUUGUAUAGAGAAUUGAGGUGUGAACCUGAUACUGUAUCAGGCAACCGAGUCGUAAAUACUCUCUGUAGGGAAUUUGGCUCCAAGAGGGGAGACCAGUUCUUGCUGGAACUGGAAGAUCUUGGAUUCAAACCUGAUGAAGUAACCUUUGGAAUCUUAAUUUGUUGGAGCUGUAAUGAAGGGAACUUGAGAAGUGCCUUGAUGUAUCUUUCAGAAAGCUUGUCAAGAGGACUGAAACCAGAUAUAUUUUCCUACAAUGCUUUAAUCUGUGGGUUGUUUAAUCAAGGCAUGUGGAGGAAUGUUGACGAGAUUCUGAAUGAAAUGGUCGACAAAGGAACCUCACCAGACUGCACAACUUACAGAAUUCUUUUAGCUGGGUAUUGUAAAGCAAGACAAUUCGAUCUUCUGAGGAAUGUGAUCGAUGAGAUGCAAAAAUUCUAUUUCAUCCAACUCACUUCACUGGAAGAUCCACUUUCAAAAGCAUUUGAGAUCUUGGGGUUUAGUCCGCAAGCUGUGCGGCUGAAGAGAGACAGCCACGUGGGCUAUUCACGGGCAGAGUUCUUUGAUAGCCUUGGUAAUGGGCUUUAUUUGGAGACCGACUUGGAAGUUUUUGACAGCAAAGUCGAUGCAGUUCUUCAUGGGUCUAUAAUUCCUGAUUUUAAUGAACUUAUAAUGAAGGAAUGUACAUCUGGGAAUCCCAAAUUGGAUUUAUUGCUGGUCUCUGAGAUGUCUCUUUGGGGCCAGGACUUGUCAUUGCCCGUCCUGUCAGCUCUAGUCAAAGAGCUCUGUCUGUCCCACUCUUCUGUUAAAGAAACGAGUCGGCUUAUAGAAAAGAUGCCCACUUCUUUUGAUAGACUGGAUGAAGUAACUCUUGACUCUCUUGCUAGGUUUUUCUGUAAGAAAAGAUUGAGCAGAAAAGGGAUGGCUUUUUUGGGGCGAAUGCUGGAUAGGAAAAUGACUGUUAAGAAUGAGACAUAUACAGCUUUUCUUGCAAGCUUGUGCAAGGAGGAGGAUUUAAUAGAGUUUCGUAAGCUCUGGGAUCUCGCAAGGAAGAAUAAGUGGGCCCCAGGGCUUGAUGAUUUUAAACUGCUACUCGAGCGUCUUUGUGGGAAAAAAUUGCUUCCUGAAAUAGUGGAGCUUUUUGAGAGAAUGCUAAUGUACCAUCCCAUCUCCCAAGUAUGUGAUGUGUUCUUCGAGAAACUUUGUUCUUCUGGUUUUACAACCAUGGCAAAUAGGCUGGCAAAGGAAAUGGAGCUCAGAGGUCGGUUCUUGGAUCAUGUUGCAAAAGGUCACUUCAUAAGAGGAUUUUGCUUGGAAAAUAAUCACUCUGAAGCCCUUCGAAUAUUUGAUAGUACACAAGUUGACAAGCUAGUUGUGGCAACUGAUGUGCUGGUGACAUUAAUUCCUUCUCUUUGUCUAGCAGAGAGAUCCACUGAAGCUGUUACUCUUGGUGACUUCCUGUUGAAAAAGCAUCCUUCGUUUUCUCUUCCUGUACACCUUGCUUUACUUAAGGGCUAUACUGAAGCUGGAAAUUUUCAAGAAGCGUCUGAUCUUUUUAGGGAUCUCUUGUCUAAGGGAAUUUGUCCUGGUGUCGAAGCUUAUGAUAUGAUCUUUAGAGGAAUAUGCCGAUCAAACAACUUGAACAAAGUGGAGGAGUUGCUUGCUCUCAUGGUGAGGAGAAACCUGAGCCUCUCGGUCUCUAGUUUUAGGAUGAUUGUGCGGUUAAUGUGUGUGCAAGGUAGAUUAAAUCGUGUCCUGGGACUUAAAGAGUUUAUGCUGGGACAAAGCAACUCUAACGGUCUUGUUAUCUACAAUAUCCUGAUUUUCCAUCUAUUCAUGACUGGGAAAAGUUGGGUUGUUCACAGUAUUUUGUCAGAAAUGCAAGCGAAGAGUUUUCUGCCAGAUGAGGUCACAUACAACUUCCUCAUCUGUGGAUUUUCUCACUGCCAGGAUUAUCCAAGUUCAAUGCAUUAUCUAUCUGCUAUGAUGUCCAAGGAACAUAGACCGAGCAAUCGCAGCUUGAGAAAUGUCAUAAGAUGCUUAUGUGGUGUUUCAGAGUUUGGGAAAGUUAGAGAUUUGUGCCGAGAAAUGGAAUCAAGGGGAUGGCUUCACAGUUCGACUAUGCACAAUAUGAUAGUUAAUGGUCUCGUUUCUGGUGGUAAGAUUCGUGAAGCAGAGGCUUUCGCCGACCGAAUGUCGGAGCACCGUUCAAUUCCGAAUGAGGUCAUUUACGAUGGUCUCAUCAGGCAACUAUGCAGGCAAGGAAGGGUGGGGAAGGCCGUUGAUCUCCUCAAUGUGAUGCUGAAAAAAGGAAGUGUCCCUAAUGCUUCUUGCUACAAUUCUUUGAUAAAUGGUUUUUGUGCUGAUAACGAUGUGGAUAGCGCGAUGGAUAUUCACGCAGAAAUGCUGCUUCGAGGUCUAACUCCAAGCAUAAAAACGACGUCCUUGAUGAUUAGAAAAUGCUGUGAGGUGGGGGGAAUUGUGGAGGCAGAGAGGCUGCUGCUUUCUGUUUCUCAGGCUGGUCAAACCCCAACUAGGGAAAUGUAUAAUUCCGUAAUCAAUAGGUAUCGGUCUGAAAAUAACCCGAGGAAAGCCUCAGAGCUCGUGCAGGCCAUGCAGCAGAUCGGUUACGAGCCUGAUUUCGAGACUCACUGGUCCCUCAUAAGCACGCUGAACCAAUCGAAGGGCGAGCAUAGUAAAGUCACCAAUCAGCCAGGGUUUCUGUCAAGGCUGCUUUCAGGAAGCGGGUUUUCUUGGAGAACUGAUACCAAAUCGAAACGGAGCUGAACUAUCAGAACUCGAAUUCUAGAAUAUCUUGUAUGUGCACGUAAUGUUUAUCUCGCAUUCAAUUGAGGAAAUUGUCGGAUCAUGGCUCUAUACUGUGUUGAAGUACUUCUCAGCAUAGAUUAUUUAGAGAAUGGAUGUAUCAUCAAACUUGUUUCGGACCA